CUUAGCUCAGCUGCAUGAAAUAUGGGAGACGACAGGCCGUUUGUGUGCAAUGCCCCCGGCUGUGGACAGAGGUUUACAAACGAGGACCACCUGGCGGUUCAUAAACAUAAGCAUGAGAUGACAUUGAAAUUCGGCCCUGCUCGAACUGACUCAGUCAUCAUAGCAGAUCAGACUCCGACCCCAACUAGGUUUUUGAAGAACUGCGAAGAAGUGGGACUCUUCAAUGAACUGGCCAGCUCCUUUGAGCACGAGUUCAAGAAAGCCACGGAGGAUGACGAGAAAAAGAGUGCCGGAGCCCUGGACAUGUCUCUGCCCUCCACCCCGGACAUCAAGAUAAAGGAGGAAGAGCCAGUGGAGGUGGACUCUUCCCCGCCGGACAGCCCUGUGUCUAACCCGCAGUCGCCACAGAACAAGGAGAAGGAGAUCACCUCCAAGCCUGUAAUCAUUUCUACGCCUACUCCAACCAUCGUGCGUCCAGGCUCGCUGCCACUACACUUGGGUUACGACCCGCUCCACCCUACGCUGCCUUCCCCAACCUCUGUCAUUACCCAGGCUCCCCCUUCCAACAGACAGCUUGGGUCUCCCACAGGUUCCCUUCCACUUGUCGUGCAGCUUGCGAACGGACAGACCAUGCCCGUCCUCCCAGGCCCUCCAGUACAGAUGCCUUCUGUUAUAUCGCUGGCUCGGCCGAUGUCCAUGGUGCCGAACAUUCCCGGUAUUCCUGGACCGCCCAUCAACAGCAGCGGAUCCAUUUCACCAUCAGGACUUCCAGUGCACUCUGAAGCCAAAAUGAGGCUGAAGGCCAGCUUGACGGCAUCUUCCUCACUGAAUGGCAGCAACCUGGUGGUGGGCUCAGCCAGCACGAUGGUGACCGCACGUCCAGAGCAGAGUCAGAUACUCGUCCAGCACCCUGACGCCCCUUCCCCAGCUCAGCCACAGGUUUCCCCUGCCCAGCCCACCCCCAGCACCGGCGGGCGACGGAGACGCACGGUUGACGAAGACCCGGACGAGCGCCGGCAGCGGUUCCUGGAGCGGAACCGGGCUGCCGCGUCCCGCUGCCGUCAGAAACGCAAGCUCUGGGUGUCUUCCUUGGAGAAGAAAGCCGAGGAGCUCACGACCCAGAACAUCCAGCUGAGCAAUGAAGUUACGCUACUGAGGAACGAAGUUGCUCAGCUUAAACAGCUCCUGCUGGCUCACAAGGACUGCCCUGUCACUGCACUACAGAAGAAAACACAGGGCUAUCUCGAAAGCCCAAAGGAGAGCUCUGAGCCCACCGGCUCCCCUGCUCCCGUCAUCCAGCACAGCUCCGUGACGGCCUCCCCCAACGGGCUCAGCGUCCGCUCGGCAGCAGAAGCGGUUGCCACUUCGGUGCUCACCCAGAUGGCGAGCCAAAGGACAGAACUGAGCAUGCCGAUACCGUCACACGUCAUCAUGGCUCCACAGUCGCAGUCUGCUGGCAGAUGAUGUCACAGCCUGUGCGUGUGACACGGAGCUAACCGCGAACUCGCAGCCGGAGAGACUGACCGUAACCAAGUCCCUGACGAGUGGGGGCCGAUAAGGAUUUUUAUUUCUUUUUUUUUUUUUUCCUAAGUGAGUUAAGGGCAGCUAUGGCGCUUCUUACACUGCGUAGCCUGUACAGAUCCUGGCCCCCUGCCGCUGCCCUGCCAUCGGCCCGUCCCCGCAGGACGGCCGCGGAUUGAGCGCGUUUCUCGACCCUUCAGUUGACGAUCCGUCAACUGGCGGAGUCGUCCAAACACACAGAGCUUCACUUUGAAAAGCACCUUGAAAGGUUCACUUUCAGGUAUCAGUUACAUUAACACUAAACCUCCAUGCUUGGUGGAUCCCCUUGGCGCUUUCACUCUUCCAAGUCCCCGUCCCCCCCGCCGCCGCCUCCUCCACUCUCGGCAAAGGAGAACGUAGCUCUUGGGAGGCUGCGACAUUUAGUCGUGCCGUCAAUGUAUUUUAUUUUUAACAGCAUGCUGCUUCCAGGCAUCUGCUCCCCCCUCUGCUCUAGCUACCUGAAACAUUGCACCUUCGCACAAGAAGCCUCCUUGAGCUCUGAGGUUAAAGGGAUCGAGGUUAGUCUCGUCACACGCUAACUCCCAAGGUGCCAGCGACGGAUUUUGGACACGAUGGGAGUGUAAUCGCUGUAAAUCGGUUUGUGCCCAGCGGUUGGGAGAGGGGGACGCGGGGCCGGGGACACGCACGUGCGUGCGCGUGCACACGCGUGUUCCUUGGUCACUUGUGCCGCACCGGGAGUUGCAGACGUUCACGUGCUGCUCUCGUCACGGGACGCUGUGGUUGCCGGAGAAAAGGUACCGUCUGUUCUAGCAGCGGAGGGGCUGCUCUCAGUCUUCCUUACAGUAAAUUGGUGCUGAUCUGCGUCGGCUGGGACCGGUGCAAAGGCGCUCUGGGAGGUACCUGAAAGGAUGAGCCGGCCCAGCGGGUGAUAAUAAUGUGAGUCCCAGAAUUCGUCAUCUGCUCCCAACUCCACCGUACCCCUUAGCAAACAAAUCCCUCCAUUUCCAAGGAUCAUCUCCUUUACACAUAACCUCGAUGACCUUAAUAACGGUGGCCUUAAAUCAUGAAUUAGUUGCCUGUUCCAGGGGGAGGGAGCACGAAGUAGUGUUUCUAUUUGCCCGGCCUUUUACCUCUUCUUCACGAUUAUCUUCCGCUCUCGGUGAUGGAGCAUCCGUUGCUUCCCAGCCAGAGCAAACGAAGGAUUCACAGAGCUUCCAGUUUCACAGGGCAGGUUACAAACCCAGCCUCCAUGUCGAAAGACGCUUGGAAUCGGGUCCGCGUUCUUGCCGGGCGGGCGCAGCGUGCGUGUGUGUCUGUGUGCGCUUCCCGAGGCUGCCGCUGGCCCUGGGCAAGCGAUUGGAGUCGAUAGUUUGGAAAUGGGAAGGGGUGCGGUGUGCGUUCGGGCUCUCGGAAGGAACCUCGUCAAAGUCCGCGGAGCUGCGUCAGCCCUUGGUCUUCCUCUCCUUCUCGGGAGGUCCCCCCUCACCUGAGCUCUCGCCCACCUCAGGUUGCACUCGCCACUUUUGAGCCAAGUUUGUUUGUCAAAGUGAUUUCGUUUGGCUUAUCCAGACUUGGAAGGUUUCCAGGGACAGCAAAACCCAAAGCAAAGUCUGAGCAAGGAACCGGAUCCCAUUACGGACGGGGAAGUUCAGCAGUUUGGUUUUUCUAUUGAUGGGAUCUGCCUUCUCCCCCUCCCCUCUUUUUCAGGUUUUCCUCGACUUCUCGGCACCGUCGACCGCGGCAUUUCUUGGGUUUGGUUUGUCUUGACGGGGUGCUGCUCUCGCGUUCCCCUGGUUUCUCUUGUUCAUCUCGAGAGUCGUCUUGUGCAUCAUCAGGGUGGCUUCUGGCCUCGGCAGUUUGCACUUCUGGUUCAGAUCCCGCAUA